AUGAAGGAUGACAAAGUAUGCUUGAAUGAGAGAAUUAGUGCCGUACUUCAAAGGAGGUUACCUCCUAAGCUCAAGGAUCCAGGAUCCUUUACUAUUGCUUGCAAGAUUGGUGAUAAGCCAUUUGAGAAGGCACUUAUGGAUUUGGGGGCAACCGAUAGAAGUGUGGUGUAUCCGAGAGGAGUCGUGGAAGAUGUGCUAGUGCAAGUGGACGAAUUGGUCAUACCGGCCGAUUUCUUUAUUCUUGACAUGGAGGAAGUCUACCAAGAUGAUCUCCCCAUCAUCUUUGGUAGAGCUUUUAUGGCCACGGCGGGGACAAAGAUUGAUGUCAAAUUGGGCUUACUCACCAUGACCGUGUAUGACACCACUAUUGGGUUCAAGAUCUUUGAUGAAUUGAGGAAGCCCAUGAGGUUGCAAAAAGUCUAUUCUAUUGAAGUAAGGGAUAACAUUGAAGACUUGGUGGAACACACCUUUCGUGAGACUUCAUCGAGUGAUGCCUUAGAAGCGGCAUUAGCACACUUUGGGAUGGAUUUUUGUGAAAAAGGUACUAUGGAAGCCACUGAGCACCUUGAUUCUUAUAUUUCUAUGGGUAGACCGACGCUUGAGGAUGGUUAUUACACAAGGCAUGAGGCUAAUGAGGUUCAUACCUCUAACGCUCAUCUUUCCAUUGAUUCCUCUCCUCCGAUUGUAAGUUCAACCUCUAUUGAGUUGAAGCUCCUUCCCUCACACUUGAAGUAUGUAUAUAUUGAUGAUGCAUGCACUUUGCCUCUCAUUAUCUCUUCGAGGUUGUCAUAA